GGAGACCGGCAGCGCGCGGAAGAGGAAAGCCAGCAAAGGAUUCGAGCUUGUCAAAAACAAGCUAACUUAGCAACGGCAGUUGAGCUAAAACCUUUUACUUUCCGAUACAAUAAUAAACGCAGUAAGAUAGUUAUAAGUAAAAAUAUCUAGUCACUGUUGGUUACCUCGAACAGUGAAUGUUUAGUAUAGGUAUGUGUAUCUAUAAUUUCGGACUCGUUUUAACAGUUUUUGACGCUAAUGCCGAAGGGUGGCUAACUGGUUUUAACAGCUAACCGUAGCUAACUGGCUAACGUUGUUAUUACCAAGCAAUCAACAAGAGGUCGUUGUUAGCUCAAAGACCCCGUAUACCUCGGUAAGAGGUAGAAAAGCAGCUGUUUUUAAGGCUGGGAUUUCUUGACGAGCCCAUAAGAGUAUAUUGAAUAAAAUGCAUCACGUCAAGAUAAAGACAGAGAGGCCAGAUUCGGACAGCACAGGUGCACGUGGCAGGUUGGAUGCUGUGCUCAAGGGUCUUGUAGAAAAGAGUGAAAAUGAAAGAGAACCAAAUGAAGAUCCAGGAAAGUUGUCAGUGGACUCUUUAAACAAAGAUUUGUCUCCAUCAUCUGCUGGAAAAAGACCUUCAGCAAGAUUUCCACAGCACCGGAGGAAGAAGCGAAAGGAGAUGGACGAGGGCAUACCAGAGACCAAUCAACAUAAACAGAAUGCGUAUAUUAUUAAGUUGUUUGAUCGCAGUGUGGAUUUAGCUCAGUUCAACACCAGCACCCCACUGUAUCCAAUCUGCCGUGCCUGGAUGAGAAACAAUCCUUCCCAUAGGGAGCCAGUGGCUUCUCCGAGCUCCCCACAAAGCAUAACGGAGGAGGAGGUCCCAGAUAUGAUGAAUGGCAAAGGUCAGAAUGUGUAUCGACUUCCCCCUCCAUCUGCCUGUGCAGUUAGCUCCUCUGGUGAACCCAUCAACCUCAGGAUCCCACAGACUGAGAAGGUCACAAUUUCCAAGUUGACAGAUGUUCCUGUAUCAGGGGCGCUCAUAAGUGACCACAUGGAACGUUGGAAAAAGAUAAGACAAAAGUGGAAGGAGUGCUCCAAUAAGAACCAGCUGAGAUACAGUGAGAGCAUCAAGGUUCUGAAGGAAAUGAAGGAACUUUAUGAUCACUGACUGACUGCCUUGUAGCUGUUGCUGCAGAAUGGACUCUCCACAUUUGGAAAGGAGCCAUUGGAUUUGCAUUUAAUGUUGAAUAACACCUGCAUAAAGCACAGACUCGUAGAAAAACAGUAGCAGUACUUUGAACCUUUAACACACUUCCACAUAGGAAAUUACAAAAUGUGUUUUCUGUUCAGAGACAAGUUCAGAGUGUGAUGGUGGACUUAAUAGUCAAGUAAAUUCUUUGUAAAUGUCUGAAUUACAUUAAAGGUAAUAUUUUUCCAACACA